AUGAAUAGAAAAACGUGGUUCGCGCCGCUGUGAGCGGAAACAAUCACUUUUAUAACCAAGGCUCGCAACAAACAAUUGGAUGGUGGAGAGCUGUUAGAUUUGGGGGGCGUUUUUGAGCCUUCACACAAAGCGUUUAGCCGAGCUUAAUCUUCCGCUAUUCACCGCCUCAUGAAUAUGAAUUGAAAGUGAAAGACUUAAAGAAAACGGCGUUAAGAUUCAAUACUCACUUGAGAGGACGAGCGAAACCAGCGACACUAUUGUUUCAAGUCAAGCCUUGUAUCUAUUUUUUUGUAUCAUUGUCUAACUUUUCGGUUAAAUCAUCAUGGCAUUGAGAGUGCCACUGUCCAGGUUAUUGAGAUCUACCCUAAGUUCCUGUCAGCAGAACCGAUCGCAUUCUGUUGCGAUUUUGGGAGCUCCUUUUUCCAAAGGACAGAAAAGGAGAGGGGUGGAGCAUGGACCCAAAGCCAUCCGGGAUGCUGGUUUGGUGGAAAGACUUUCUAAUCUUGAUUACCCUGUGCAUGAUUUUGGAGACCUGAACUUCCAGCACCUGGAAAAGGAUGAGCCCUUUAUGCGCGUCCCAAACCCACGGACAGUCGGGCGAGCCAGUAAGCUUCUGUCAGGAGGUGUGAGCAGUGCUGUGGGUGCAGGACACACCUGCGUCAUGCUUGGUGGAGACCACAGCUUAGCGAUUGGUUCAGUGGAAGGCCACGCCCAGCAGUGUCCUGAUCUGUGUCUGAUCUGGGUUGAUGCUCAUGCAGAUGUCAACACACCUCUGACUUCACCUUCUGGAAACCUUCACGGCCAGUCUGUUGCAUUCUUACUUAAAGAGCUGCAAGACAAGAUGCCAGAGGUUCCUGGAUUUUCUUGGAUGAAGCCUUUUCUGGCUGCCAGAGAUCUGGUCUACAUCGGACUCAGAGAUGUUGAUCCGGGCGAGCAUAUAAUUCUGAAGACCCUUGGAAUUCAGUACUUCUCCAUGCGUGAUAUUGACAGAAUGGGCAUUCAAAGGGUAAUGGAGGUCACGCUGGAUCACCUUCUGUCAAGGAAGCAGAGGGCUGUUCACCUGAGCUUUGACAUUGAUGCGUUUGACCCAACUCUGGCUCCUGCUACUGGAACUCCUGUUAACGGUGGACUGACCUAUAGAGAAGGCAUUUACAUCACAGAGGAGGUCCACAACACAGGUUUACUUUCUGUGAUGGACCUGGUUGAAGUGAACCCCACACUAGGAGCAACACCCGAGGCAGUUGAAGCCACAGCUAGCCUAGCCGUUGACGUCAUUGCAUCCGCUCUCGGACAGACGCGCGAGGGAGCACAUGUCGCCUUCCAGAAAAUCCCAGAACCAAAACAGGACACUGAACUACGGCUGUAGUGCGCUGGCUAAUCAUUGAGGACAAAAUAAUAUGAACCACUUUUGAGGACAAAUGAACGACUUUGCAUUCCAAAGCCUAAAAUAACAAAACGAGAGGUUUGCAGAGACUAUGCGCCAGACUAAAGCUUUAAUUUCAAGGCUUCUGUAGUCUUGGUCAAAAACAUUUUUCUCAUUUGUAAAGUGUUAAGUACACGGGUGAAGUUUGUAAUAUUCUCCUGAUUAGCCCAGGUAGGGUUAUGCAGAGAGACCAGUCACAACCCCCCUGCUGAUUUUAUCUUGUCUAAAAAAUAAAUAGCAAUGCCAAGAUUCAAUUUCAAGGCUGAUGUGGGGGCUUGACUGUGGGUAAAAUUUAGUAGCAGGCUUUGUGAAUUUUACUAAUUGAAACAUUUUUUGCACUUUUGGACCAGUUCUGGUUUUUAUUGUAUUUGUAUGUUUGCUUUGUUUUUCGUUGUAGUAGAAACGCUUUUAAUGGAUAAUCUAAUCCUAUGAGUUGGUUCAGUUGAACUGAGUGAUUUUUUUAACGGUGUGUUUAAAGUAAGUUAUUAGAGUAUGUAUUUAAAUCUUUCAUAGAAAAAUAUGUAAUAAAUUUUUUGUACUCAUUCAGAUUUCAAUCCAUAACCACAAACAAGUGUUUUCUAGUAAUAAAGUGAAGUUCAGUUUGUUGCAUUUACUAUUUCUGUGAAAAACAGAAUAAAUAAUAAACUAUUUUACUGGAGAUAGA